AACCCCUUUGCGCUGGCCGCACACAAAUGUGCGGCCUCCCGGCGACUUGGCCUAGACGCCGAGCGGCCGCACAUUUGCGUCCAUGUAACUAAAUACAUAUGUGCUGAGAGCGUGCGCCCUGCGCGCUCCCAGCACACAUGUGUGGUACUCACGGAAAGGUCCCGAUCUCCUCUUGUGAUCAUGACCUUUACCAAUCAUGUAACCGCCGUGGUUCGCUGUCACAUGACCCUAAAACCCUGCCCGCCUCCCGGCUUCUGAAACCCUUAAAGGGCCGGGAGGCGCUGGUGCCAAGGGGUUAA